GGGCGGGGCCGAGGCGGAAGCGCCCGCGGAGGGCACCGCUGCCCGCUGUUCCGACCCGCCCCUCCUCGGCCCGGUACAGCCCUCGUCCAGCCGCGCUGACCCCGGGAGUCAGUGUCAUGUGACUUCUGCCCCUGACCACGAGCCUGAGCCGCAGCCUCUAGGUGAAGAGGGUCAGAUCGCCCGAGAAUCAGGGUCUCUUGUGACAGCCCCAUCUGUGCUGUGUGCCAUGGUGGCACUGUGGGCCCUCGCUCUGGCCUUGGCAACAGGCCUGGCCACUGCUGGCCCACCUAACAUCGUGCUGAUCUUUGCUGAUGACCUGGGCUAUGGGGACCUGGGUUCCUAUGGGCACCCUAGCUCCACCACCCCCAACCUGGACCAGCUGGCCGCAGGGGGGCUGCGCUUCACUGACUUCUAUGUGCCCGUGUCUCUAUGCACACCCUCCCGACUCUGUGACUUGUCCUAUAGGGCUGCGCUCCUGACUGGCCGACUCCCAGUUCGGAUGGGCCUGUACCCUGGAGUUCUGGAGCCCAGCUCCCAAGGGGGUCUGCCCCUGGAGGAGGUGACCCUGGCUGAGGUCCUGGCUGCCCGAGGCUACCUCACAGGGAUAGCUGGCAAGUGGCACCUUGGGGUGGGGCCUGAGGGGGCCUUUCUGCCCCCCCACCAGGGCUUCCAUCGAUUCCUGGGCAUCCCAUAUUCCCAUGACCAGGGCCCCUGCCAGAACCUGACCUGCUUUCCACCGUCCACCCCCUGUGAUGGCAGCUGUGACCAGGGCCUGGUCCCUAUCCCGCUGUUGGCCAACCUGUCCGUGGAAGCACAGCCCCCGUGGCUGCCUGGACUCGAGGCCCGCUACGUGGCUUUUGCCCGUGACCUCAUGGCUGAUGCCCAGCGCCAGGGCCGGCCAUUUUUCCUGUACUACGCCUCUCACCACACCCACUACCCCCAGUUCGGUGGGCAGAGCUUCUCUGGGCGCUCGGGCCGAGGGCCAUUUGGGGACUCCCUGAUGGAGCUGGAUGCAGCUGUGGGGGCCCUGAUGACAGCUGUGGGGGACCUGGGGCUGCUCGGAGAGACGCUGGUCAUUUUCACUGCAGACAACGGGCCUGAGACGAUGAGGAUGUCCCAUGGCGGCUGCUCUGGCCUUCUUCGUUGUGGAAAGGGAACCACCUUCGAGGGGGGUGUCCGAGAGCCUGCCUUGGCCUUCUGGCCAGGCCACAUCGCUCCUGGUGUGACCCAUGAGCUGGCCAGCUCCCUGGACAUCCUGCCCACCCUGGCAGCCCUGACUGGGGCUCCGCUACCCAACGUCACGUUGGAUGGUGUUGACCUCAGCCCCCUGCUGCUGGGCACAGGCAAGAGCCCCCGGCAGUCUCUCUUCUUCUAUUCGGCCUACCCAGACGAGGUCCAUGGGGUCUUUGCUGUGCGGAGUGGGAAGUACAAAGCUCACUUCUUCACCCAGGGCUCUAUCCACAGCGACACCACGCCGGACCCUGCCUGCCACGCCUCUAACCCUCUGACUGCCCAUGAGCCCCCACUGCUCUUUGACCUGUCUGAGGACCCUGGUGAGAACUACAAUCUUCUGGGAGGUAUGGCUGAGGUCGCCCCAGAAGCAAUGCAGGCGCUGAAGCAACUUCAGCUGCUCAAGGCCCAGUUUGAUGCUUCUGUGACCUUCAGCCCCAGCCAGAUGGCCCGGGGUGAGGACCCUGCCCUGCAGAUCUGUUGUCAGCCUGGCUGCACCCCCCGGCCGUCCUGCUGCCACUGCCCAGAGCCCCAGGCCUGAGAGCGCUGGUGCAGGCCAGCCCACGUCCCCUCGCCCCAGCCAGACGUGUGAGGUUCACUGCUGUGGUGUGGGUGUGCUGAGGGGGUUUGUACGUGAUAACACUAAUAACACAGCUGGUACUCAUAGGUGUGAUAAUUCAUCUAAUCCUUAUGAUAACCCCAAGGUAGGUGCUGUUCUGCCUGUGUUACAAAUGAGGAAACUGAGGCAUGGAGCGAUCCAGCAACUUGUCUGAGGUCACCCAGCCGUUAAGAGGUUGGGCUGGGAACCCAAGCAUUCUGGCUCCGGGAGCUGCCCCACCACGGUUGUGAUUGUAUGUGUCAGUGCGGGCUUGGUUCCUAAGUGUGAGCGUGUCCCUUCACGGAAGCCAUAGUAAGUGCUUUUGUGUGCCGGAACUGGGUGGGGUGGUGUGAGGGCAUGGUGGGCACACGACCCCUGAAGUUGCAGUGAGCUCCAGGUGCUCCCUGGAAGACGCAUUCCUGGGGAGCUCUUACCAGAACCCUGUCUGAAGGCAGGUGAUGAAUUGCACAUUCCAGGUGGGGAUAAGGGGAGAUAAGCUCCUGAGAUAGCUCCCCAGGCCCUGCCUCCGCCCCUGCCAAAGUUCUGCAUUUUCCGCCUCCCCACACGUUUCCCCGUCUCCUGGCUUCUCCACCCAGCGGACAAAGGCAUAUCUCAGGGUUGGUUCCAUCCCUGCUCAAAACUCUGCAGGCUUCCCAUGGUGCUCAGAACUAAGUUCCAACUCCUUAGAGCCCUGUACCCUCGGAGGCGUGCCCUACUCCCCACCCAACACCCCUCAGCCCUGGCGUGCUGGCCUGGCUGCCCUCUGGUGGGGCCAGCGUGCUCUGUCAAUGGCUCUGCAGGGAAGACUCCUGGCUGCCCGCCUGUACCCACAUAGCGGUGUGUAGGCCUUGUCGUCACCUUGUGUGUGUGCGGGUGGCAGGUCCACGCGUGCCCCAUGUGCUCCCUCAGCGCUGGCUCAGAAGAGCGUUCUCUGGGUGCCCAAGGGCAGCACCCACUUCCCUACCAGUAGACCCUUUUCCCGUGUCGGGCAGAGGCCCAUUGACUAGGCCGUACAACUCCACCUGACCCAGUCACAAUCCAGUCCAAUGAUUGCUCCAGGAAUGGCAUGCGACUAAGAGUCCUGGUCAGUGAAAGGUCAGUGGCAGUCUGCCAGGACCCCUGGGUCCCCUGCACAUUCUUCCUCUGGGGCAGUGAGGAUGGUGCUCUUGCUGCCCUGACCAGACGUCCUGCUGCUGCUAAGCCAGUGUCUUCAGCCACCUGCCUCCAGAGCUCACAGUAUAAUAAAUCCUACAUGUUUAAGCCA